CAAGACGUCAUCCUCGGCUCUUCCCGAACCUUCGUUGCUUCUUCGUUGCUUCGUUCGAACCUUUCGUACACUAGGUUAGUAUGACAAAGUGGCCCGAGCUCCCAAUCAGCAAUUAGCGACGGAAUCUCAGCUGUUGAGCAGUGUCUGUCGGAGCUUGCCUGCCGAUUGCAACCGACCGGAGUCCCCCAAGAUCCCGGUCCCGUUGCGCGCGCAGACUGGUCGCGGACAUUGCUCGCUAGUGUACCUACCUUAGCUGCUGCUCGAAAAUCAGACGAUAAUACUGUUCACAAUGGGCCUCGAACUCCCCGCCUACGUCCUCUCCGCUCUCACGGUCACCGGUGGUAUCGCCGGCUAUGCCCGCACCAAGUCCAAGCCUUCCAUUAUUGCCGGUUGCGCUGUCGGUCUUCUUUACGGCCUCGGCGGCUACCGCAUCCAAAACAACCAGCCCUACGGCGUCGAGCUCGGCCUCCUCGCCUCCGUCGUCCUCGGCGGCGCUUCCCUUCCCCGCGCCAUCAAGCUCCGCAAGCCUGUGCCCAUGAUGCUCAGCGCCAUUGCUGCCUUUGGGCUGUAUACCUUUGGUGAUGCUUUCCGCAAGACUCUCUAAGGAGGAUAAUCAGGAGGCCGGGACUCUUGCUGGAACCCCCGUUUUUUUUCUUUGCUCGAAACGGCCUGGAACGGUUGGGACGCGCAAAGGGAACUCUUGUAAGAGGGGAGUGGGAUAUUCUUUUUGUUUUUUUUCUGCAUAUAAGCCAAAAUGUUACAGGAUAAACCAAAUGCAAAGUAGUUGCGCCGCCCUUAUUUAUGCUCUCCUUAUGUGGUGAUGGGUAUCAUUGUGUGUAUGUGUGUGUGUAUGUGAGCGGCCUGGUCUGUCUGUUUGUCUCGGAUCGCGUAGA